CAAGUUAGUGGUUUUAAGUAUUAUAUCGUGACAUGGGGACUUUAUCCCUAUGGAUUUCCCUUAUGGUGCUGGCCAUUUUACUGAUGGACCAGCAAAUAGGGAGUGCUCAAGUUCCAAAAUUUUUGAAAAAUAAAUAUGGAACCAAAUCAGCGUCGCCGAAUUCUUAUGCUGCGUCUGGAUCUACAAAAACAACCUACACAAAGACGAAAACUACUGGAGGAAUCAAAAGUCAUACAAAAAGUCAUGCUACCCAUUCGGUAACUGAAAGCCCAUUCCAAGCUAGUCACAACAGCAUGAGUAUGAGUUUACAUAAUAGUUCAGCUUCCAAAUUCCAAGGAGGAUGUACUGCAAUGCCAUCUCCAAUGAACGCUGGAGUGCGAUGCUCGCAAUACUCAGGAUGCAGGGCUGAUUGUUUACCAAACUAUCAAUUUCCAAAUGGAAAACCCCAUUUAGCCUUUACUUGCGUAGAUGGACAAUGGAUGGAAUCCAAUGGUUUAUUUACCAAUGUUCCCAACUGUGAACCAAUUUGUAUGCCUGCUUGCCAGAAUAAUGGAAUUUGUCUGUCCCCCAACCAAUGUAAUUGUGCAGAAAACUUUUCCGGUCCACAGUGCCAAUUUGAAAGUAAACCUUGUCUAAAUCAUCCACCAAUGCCGAUAAAUUCCAAACGGUCUUGCAGUUCCAAGAAAUGUACUGUCACUUGUGCAAAAGGAUUCGAAUUCCCAGAUGGAUCAGCAAUUGCAACCAUGGAUUGUAAAAAUGGAAUGUGGGUACCUACGAAGGAAAAAUGGGUUUCAAUCCCAGAUUGCCAAGCUACUUGCACUCCACCUUGUCAAAACGGAGGAAAUUGUCUGUCAUUCAACGUCUGUCAAUGUCCACAAGAUUUCAGAGGACCACAAUGCCAAUACAAGGCUGAAGUAUGUUCUCCAAAAGAACUAGGUUUCAAUGGAGGUUACAACUGUUCCGGUGAUGCCAAUACAUUCUCUUGUUCUGUAAACUGUCCUCCUGGUAUUGAAUUUGAGUUUCCUCCAGAGCAUGUGUACACCUGUACCUACGAUUUGGGAAUGUUUUUACCUGUACCUAUACCUUCGUGUCUUUAUCCUGAAUUCUCUGAAGUAACUUUCCACGAAGGAGAAUCAGAUAGCAACUCUUGGAUAAACGAAACCAAACAUAAAUCCAGCUAUUCCACUGGUAGUUCACAUUCAAGUGGAGAAUCUUAUGGUUCUACAACGGGUUCUUACCGCAAAUCACACGGUGAUGAAGAAGUUAUGAUAAAAGAGAACGUUAAAGGCUCCAAUAGUGGUAACCACGAACAUAUUGUUGUUGAACAACGUCUUCCAAAACCAGGAACUUGCUUUAGCUGGGGAGGAGGUCAUUACAAGACAUUCGACGAUAGAGUUUACAGUUUUAAUUCACAAUGUCCUCAAGUACUGGUUCGAGACUCUAAAGAUGGAACGUUCUCAAUAAUCACCCAAAAUGAUCCAAUAUGCGUGAAAGAUCCAAAAUACUGUCAUAAAAUCAUUAACAUCUUCUUACAAAACGUCAACUACGUGCUAGAUAGAAAACCCGGAGGAGAUUUCUCAUUUAAAACAUCAGACAAGUCUUUGCCCAUUCCUGGUAGGGUACCUGGAGUUAGAGUUGAAAUGAUGGCUCAUAAUCUUUUGGUAUCCAUGGAUACGAUUGGUGUUCAAUUGUUGUGGGAUGGACAGUUACUGGUUCAAAUUUCUGUAAAAGAAAAUCUAUGGAACAGAACUGAAGGUCUAUGUGGUAUUUUGGAUGGAGAUUCAACGACAGAUCUAAUUACUCAAGAUGGACAGUUCCCUCGUAAUAUUCUGACUCUAGCCAACAGCUGGAAAGUGGAUACUCUAGACAAUCGGUGCAAUAUUCCACCAACUGAAGACCAAAUUUGUAAAAAUAAACAGGAAAAUGCAGUUAAUGCCACACAAUUCUGUAAUAAAUUGAUAGCGGAUAACAGAUUUAAAUCAUGUCAGAAUGUUUUGGACAUUAUAUCGCUCUACGAUGCCUGUCGAUCUGAUUACUGUAAUUGCCAAGAAACUGAUCUAUCUUACUGCGCAUGUGAUACGUUCAAUGUUUACGUAAAACACUGUUCUCACUUUGGAGUGAAAGGACUAACCAAUUGGAGAGAUGAAAAAACUUGUCCUCUUCAUUGUACCAAUGGAAAAGUCUACAAAGCCUGUGGAUCAUCAAGCAGACAACCAGCAUGUGGCUCUAUAACAGAAGGAGUAGUUACUGAGGAAUCUGAAUGUGUUGAAGGAUGUUUCUGCCCUGAAGGAACCGUCCUACAUGAAGAUAAGUGUAUCACGAAGGACCAGUGUCCUUGUAUGUUGAGAGGAAAGAGUUUCCCAGCAGGACACUCGGUACCAAAAGAUUGUAAUACCUGUACUUGUUCUGACGGUACAUGGAUUUGUACUGAAGUUGACUGUGGAGCCAGAUGUUCUGCUAUUGGAGAUCCUCAUUAUGUAACUUUUGAUGGAAAGAAAUUCGAUUUCAUGGGAAAAUGUUCCUACUACCUUGUCAAAACUGAUAACUUUUCAAUAGAAGCCGAGAAUAUUCCUUGCGCUGGUGCAAUUUCAGAGGCAAUGAAUUUCCCAAGUAGUACAUUAUCAGGAAUACCUACCUGCACUAAAACAGUUACCAUCAGAAUUAACAAUCAAAUUGUUAAACUAAAGCAGAAUCAUGAAUUAGUAGUAAAUGGUGAGGAUAUUACGAGGGUUCCGUUCAACAUUGCUGGUAUAGGAAUCAAAAAAGUGUCUUCCAUAUUCUCGUUGACAAAACUUCCUAACGGUAUUUCUGUUUGGUGGGAUGGUAUCAGUAGAGUAUAUAUUGAUCUUCCAGCGAAAUUUCAAGACCAAACAAAAGGCCUUUGUGGUUCUUUUAACAACAAUCAAAAAGAUGAUUUCCUAACUCCACAAGAUGAUAUUGAACAAGCCGUUAUCCCGUUCGCAAACAAGUGGAAGACCUCAGAACAUUGUCCAGAUCUACCAGAAAUAAUCCCAACUCAUCCAUGUGACAAAAGCAUUCAUAGGAGACCACAAGCAGAAAAAUACUGUUCUAGAAUCAAGGAGGACCUUUUUAAAGAUUGUCACUUCUUUGUUGACCCUGAACAAUUCUAUCAAGAUUGUUUGUUCGACAUGUGCUCCUGUGAAUUUCCUGUUUCGAAAUGCCUAUGCCCAAUCAUCGCCAGUUAUGCUACUGAAUGUUCUCGACAAGGAAUCAAAAUAGAUUGGAGAGGUGAAAUUCGCGAAUGCGGUGUCCACUGCCCGGGCGGACAGAAGUACCAAGUGUGCGGUAAUCCCUGCACAAGGACAUGCCAGGAUAUAUCCAAUGAACCCGACUGCAAACCACAAUGCGUUGAAGGAUGUAACUGCCCUGAAGGUCAAACCAUUGACGAGAACGGCGAGUGUAUACCAAUUGGACAAUGUAAAUGUACAUAUAGGGGAAUAGAAUUUCCAGCAGGAUACAAAGAAAUUAGACCCGCUUCUAAAGCUGUCGAAUUAUGUGAAUGUUCCAAUGCUAUUUGGGAAUGCUACCCAGCUGACGAAGAAGACAAGAAGAUCUAUCCCAACUCAGAUUUAGUGCAAAAUAAAUGUAACGCUUCGGCUAAUUUGGAAUUUACCACCUGUGAACCUGUAGAGCCAAUCACUUGCAAAAAUAUGCAUUCUCCCGAACUUUACUCACCAGCAAUCUGCCAUGCGGGAUGUCAAUGUAAAAAAGGAUACGUCUUGGACUCGUCUACCAAAACAUGUGUGCUACCAACUCAAUGUCCUUGCCACCAUGCCAACAAGAGUUACAAAGAAAAAUCUGUCGUACAGAGUGGCUGUAAUACUUGCACUUGUCAAAACGGAAAAUGGGCGUGUACAGAUCGUCAAUGCGCAGCCGAAUGUAGCGCAUGGGGUGAUUCUCACUACAAAACAUUCGACGGAAAACGUUUCGACUACCAAGGAGAAUGCGACUAUGUCUUAUCCAAAGCAAGUCUUGGUUCCGAUUCAUACCACGUAUCAGUACAAAAUGUGCCAUGCGGAUCUCUAGGCACAGCCUGCUUUAAAUCUGUUACUCUAAAAGUAACAUCAGGUGAUGGAACUGACGUCGUCAGUUUGGAAAAAGACAAGAGUUUACCAAGCUUGAAGACCUUCAAACACAUUACGCUUAGAGAAAAGGGCAGAUUUGUAAUCGUAGAAGCUCCGGAAUUGGGUCUAGUCAUUCACUGGGAUAGAGGAACUCGAGUUUACGUCAGGCUUAAUCCAAAAUGGAAGGCCAAGACCAAAGGUUUAUGUGGUAACUACAACGACAACGAAAUGGACGAUUUUCAAACACCAUCCGGAGGACUUGCAGAAGUGUCACCAAACAUUUUUGGAGACUCUUGGAGACUGCAAUCCUACUGUUCCGAAGCUGCUGAAAUUGAGGACACUUGCUUGUCAAGACCCGAUCGCAAAAUAUGGACAGUCAGAAAAUGUAGCAUCUUAAAAUCUCAAGUGUUCGCUCCAUGUCAUUACGAAGUGCCAGUUCAAUAUUAUAUAGAUAAAUGUAUUUUUGACUCAUGUGCCUGUGAUCAAGGAGGCGACUGUGAAUGUAUGUGUACCGCUUUGGCGGCUUACGCCCAGGAAUGUAACAACAGAGGUGUCGCUAUUAAAUGGAGGACACCCGAAUUUUGUCCUAUGCAAUGCGAUGAAACAUGCACAACAUACAGUCCAUGCGUCUCUACAUGCCCCGAAGAGACUUGCGACAAUCUUAUGAUGAACAAAAAAUACUCCAAAACAUGCGGUGAAGACGUAUGUAUUGAAGGUUGCGUGCCGAAACCCUGUCCAGCAGGACACGUUUACAGAAACAGCUCACAUUCUGAGUGUGUUCCAGUACACGAAUGUAAACCAAUUUGUAUGAUUGUCAACAACGUUACUUAUUAUGAAGGUGACCUCAUGGAAGAAGAUGAUUGUCAUAGUUGUUAUUGUUCAAGAGAGGAAAAGAAAUGUCGAGGAGAACCAUGCACGACUACAGCAUUGCCAUCUACAACGCUACAGAAUGAACAAUACGUAAAAUGUGAAGAAGGUUGGACUAGUUGGAUUAAUCAAGACCAACCAAGAGAUAACGAUGAACUUAGGACAGUGGAAAAUGAACCUCUACCUUCUUCAUUAGUUUUGCUGAACUUGAAGGAUUCUGCUAAGUGUGGUACAGAAAUGAUAACAGCAAUAGAAUGUCGCACAGUUAAAGACGGUGUUUCUGCAAAAGACACAGGAUUAGAUGUUGAAUGUUCUUUGGAACACGGUCUGAUUUGCAGAUCAGAUGUUAAAGGAAAAAAAGUUUGUCCAGAUUUCGAAAUCAGAGUUCUAUGUGAUUGUGGAGAAUCAACAACUUUUAUACCCCAAACAACAGAAGCUGAAAUCGUCACAAACGCUCCUGUCUGCAUUGUUGGAGAAAGCAAACUAGAUGUAUAUGAUUGUACUAAAUACUACAUGUGUGCUUUUGGACAAACUGAGAACCGUUGGGUCGAGGAAACUUGCGCUAAAGGCACUUUAUAUAACUCUGUCACAAAAUCUUGUGAAUGGGCAAGAGAAGUUUAUCCUCUUAGACCAGAAUGCGUAAGAACAACAAACCAACCAACAACAGAAGGUGUAAUAGUCACAAAUGCUCCUCCUGUAUGUUAUGUUGGAGAGAGCAAGCUUGAUUUAUAUGACUGUGCCAAAUAUUAUGUAUGUACAUUUGGACCAACCGAGAAUCAUUGGGUAGAAAAAGUUUGCGGAAAGGACACUUUAUAUAACCCUGUUACAAAAACGUGCAAUUUACCAGGAGAGGUAUAUCCGGUUAGACCAGAAUGCGUGAGUUCAACAGAACAACCAACAACUGAAGCUGAAAUAGUUACAAAAGCUCCAGUCUGUUACGUUGGAGAAAGCAAGGUAGAUCCCUAUGAUUGUACAAAAUACUACGUAUGUACUUUUGGACAAACAGAAAACCAUUGGGUAGAAAACGUUUGCCAAAAGAACACUUUAUACAACCCUGUGACCACGACAUGCGAUCGGUCAAAUGAAGUGAUACCUGUUAGACCCGAAUGCCAAAAAACAACCACAUAUGUGCCUACUACUGUUUUUGAAUUAAUAACCACCCAAGCUCCUGGAUGUAUUCAAGGUGAAAAGAAAGAAGAUAGAGACGAUUGUGCCAAAUAUUAUAUCUGUUUGAAUGACAACAGUGGAUAUCGUUGGGUACAGGAUAUCUGUAUAAAUGGAUCCCUUUACAAUCCUGUUAAACACACGUGCGAUUAUCCACGUGAAGUUAUUAAAAUAAGACCAAGUUGUAAAUACACCACAAUUCAAGAAUAUAAAACCACCACCUACAGAACGACUACCGGCGAAUCAAGUGAAGAAGAAGAGUUCUUUACCAAUGCUCCGAGUUGUAUUGUCGGAGAAACUAAAGUAGACUAUGACAACUGCUCUGUUUACUUCGUUUGCACACCUGACAUGGAAGACAACAAAUGGGUGAAGAUGAAUUGUGCAGAGGGUACUUUGUACAAUCCUGUUACUAAUGUAUGCGAUUGGCCAAAUAUUGUUUACAAAGUUAGACCAGCAUGCGAAGAAAAAGAAGUAAUAACAAUUGCACCAGAUAUAUGUGGACCUGGAUUAGUUUACGACGACUGUGCUGUAGAAUGUGACAAGUUAUGUUUAUACUACGACUACUUGGUUAAGAAAAAAGGACUUUGUAGGGGUGACGUUAAAUGUGAGGCAGGAUGUGUAUCCGCCGACAAACGCAAAACUUGUCCUAAAGGACAAGUCUGGUUUAACGAAAACACGUGUGUAUCAGAAGAGUCCUGUUUAUGUGUUUCGGAAGAAGGAAAACCAAUGAAGCCUGGCAAAGUAUAUGAUGAACCUGGCUGCAAGAAAUGUCAAUGUAUAGACAACGCCUAUUCCUGUCAACCGGGAUCCUGUUCAACGAAAGCCAGCCUUUCAACAGAAGGUACCACUGAAGAAAAAGAAAAAACUUCAGGAACAACUAUUAUCAAAACAGCUGCUACAGAAGGCACUGAAGCAGAUACUUAUGAAACUACAAAAACUAUUAAGACUUCCUCUACCGAAGGAACUGAAGGAGAAACAACAGAAAUUAAAACGUCUCCAACCGAACGAACCACUGAGAAAGUAUCUACUACUGUAAGACCAAGUUCAUCUAGUGAAGAAGCAAGUAGCAGAAUUUUGAUUAAUGAAGACGAGGAACGAACUGAAGUUACAGAAGAAAAAAUAAGUAAAGUAGCAGUAACUAAAGAUGAAGCUGCUGGAACUGUUACUAUGCACAAAACUACAUUUGCUGUUCCCGGCGUUACUCCCCCUGCUGAAUGUACCGAAGACAGAAUGAUCCCUCUUGUGCAAGGAGAUGAGCCAUUGCCCGAUGAAGCUUUUACUGCCAGCAGUGUCAAAGAAGAUAUUUUUGCUCCUUAUUAUGCAAGAUUCUCUACUGAACUCAGCGAAGAAUCAGGUGGAAGCUGGGCUCCAAAACAACAAAAUCAAAACCAAUAUCUAGAAAUCGAUUUAGGCAAACAAGAACCUGUGUAUGGAGUUAUUGUUAAAGGAAGUCCACUCUAUGAUGAAUAUGUUACCAGUUACAGAGUUCAGUACAGUCCUGAUGGUCACACUUUCUAUUAUAUCCUUAAUAAUAAGAAAACUACUCCAAUUAUAUUCAGAGGAUCUACAGACAGUACAACGGAAGUCAAACAAUACUUCGACGUACCAGUCGAAGCCAAAAAAAUAAGGAUUAACCCUAAAUCAUGGAACAAUGGAAUAUCUAUGCAAGUUGAACUCAUUGGUUGUUCAGAGACAACCACACAAACUACCAACACAUUCAAGACCACUACUCAAAUUGUCAUUAAAACCACACCAUCACCAAUGCUUUGUGACGAUCCCAUGGGUCUUGGCGACGGUUCAAUGUCAUUAUCACAAGUAUCUGUAAGUUCUUCAAUCAGUUCCAAACACGGAAAGGCCAAUCUCAAACUUACCGACAAAUCUGCUUGGCAACCGUUGACCAAUUCACCCACUGAAUGGAUUUUGUUUGAUUUCUUGGAGCCAAGAGACAUAACAGGUCUAGUAACCAAAGGUGGUCCAGACGGUUGGGUAGAAAACUACAUAAUCCAAUACUCCAACGACAAUGUAGAGUGGAGUACUAUCAUGUAUGGCAAAAAGGAUAAGAUAUUCGCAGGAAAUUACAAUUCCAAUAUACCACAAGUCAACAACUUUGAAUUACCAAUCAGAACUCGUUACGUGAAAAUCGUUCCUAAAAAAUGGCGUGAUAAUAUCCAAAUGCGCGUUGAAAUCCAUGGUUGUUACCAACCAUACCCUACCGUUACUGAAGAAUCUACAAUUGUCACUCCAGUUGAAGAAGUUUGCAAUACCUGUCCAGAAAUACAACAUAAUAGUAUAGAAGAUGUCUGCAGAUGUUUACCUGGAAAAUGGUGGGAUGGAAACAAAUGCGUCGACAGAACUCAGUGUCCUUGCGUUGUUAAUUACAUAAAAUAUCCAGUGGAAAGCAUAUUCGAAAAAGACGAUUGCUCUGAAUGUAUUUGUAAAAUUGGUGGAGUUCCAUUCUGUAAACCUAAACAAUGUAAACCUUGUGAAGAGGGUCUGAAAAGUACCGUUACAGCAACAUGCGCUUGCACAUGCCAACCUUGCCCUGAAGAAACUACACUGUGUCCAACAAGUAAUAUUUGUAUCAACUCAACAUUAUGGUGUAACGGAAUAGAAGAUUGUCCUGAUGAUGAAGUUAACUGUGCUUCUACUACUGCAUCUACCGAAGCUCCAACCCCUCUAGUCAGCGUUUUAACUACUCAUGGACAGAGACCUUCCUCAUCUACUGCUGCCGCUCGAAUAACUUCUAAACCUACUACACCAGAACCAGAACCAUGCCCGGAAGUUAUUUGCGGCCCAGGAUUUGAAAAGGUCAUCAAGAAAAGAAGCCACAAAAAAGGAGGCAGAAAGACGUACAAAUCACAAAUGAUUAGAAACAAUAACGUUAAAACGGCUGGUGUAAAGACAAAAUAUGUUGGCGCCAAAGGAGGAAGAGGUGGGGUCAAAACAGCACAAGCAAAAUGGACACUGGCAACACCAACUCCACGAUCACAUGACGUGAAGAAACCUCAAAUAGAAGAAUGCAUCGAAUACAUUUGCGUUCCUACAAUACCAGAAUUCAACAACAGUCAAGAAGCCCUUGACAUUUGCCCUGCUGUAGACUGUGAAGAUAAUAUGAUUCUUAUUUAUGAUGAAUUUAAUCAAGAAACAAAUUGUCAAGAGUUCCAUUGUGAACCUCCUCCGAAACCAGACGCUACAUGUUCUGUCAUAGGAAGAACUUUUAAUACCUUUGAUGGUGUCGAAUACAAAUACGAUAUUUGCAACCAUGUUUUAGCCAGAGACUUGAACUCUGAUGAUUGGGAAGUAUCAUUGAAAAAGAUUUGUAGAAAGGUUUGCUCUAGAGAUUUAAUUAUCCAGCACGAUUUGCACAAGUUUGUCUUCCAUACUGAUUUCUCUGUAGAAUACGAUGACUACACCUACUCCCUACAGCAAAUUAUUAAACUGUCAGAAAGACAAGAAGAUUUUUCUAUUACACUAGUCGGUCGCACUGUACUGUUCACAUCAGGCAAAUAUGGUUUCUGGGUGAUAUGGACCCAGAGCGGUAACGCGAAGAUUGGAGUUGACCAACAAUUGCUUGAAAAGGUCGAUGGUUUAUGCGGUUAUUUUGAUGGAGACCAAGAAGGCGAUAAGCGUAAACCGGAUGGUAGCUUGAGUAAAACGACCGUCGAUUUUGGUGACAGUUGGGCCCUAUCACAUGACCAACCAUCAAUUUGCGAAGCUAAAACUUGUCCACUUAAAAUUCAGAACGAAGCAUGGCAGAUGUGUAACAAAGUUAAGGAAGAGUCGUUGCAAAGAUGUGGACAAGUAAUGGACGUAGAAUCAUUUAUUUCCCGUUGUUUAGAAACGACCUGUACCUGUUUGGAACAGUCCCUGCAAAACGAAACUGCAGAGGAAAGCUGCAAAUGUCAAGCACUUCAAUCUUUCGUGGACGAUUGUCUCUCGAAGAACCCCAAUGUUGAUAUUUCCAACUGGAGAGUUGAACAAAAUUGCCCUGCUCCAUGUGAAGCACCGCUAAUCUACAACGAUUGUUACCAAAAACGAUGUGAACCCGACUGUGCCACUUUCUCCGAUCCUAGGGCUUGUCCUAAAGUCAAUGACAUGUGCUUCCCAGGAUGUUAUUGCCCUGCUGGGUACGUUAGAGAAGGAAAUAAUUGCAUACCGCCAUCUAGUUGCAGAAACUGUGAAUGUGAUCUGCUCCCACACCUUACUUACAUUACUUAUGAUGAAGCUAACUUUACUAUUAGUGGAAAUUGCGUAUACGUAAUGUCUAGGGAUGUAAUUACAAAAGAAAAUAAGGAACAUCAAUUCCAGGUUCUUAUCACAAACCAUGCAUGCUCAACUAGUAGCACAACAUCGAAAACGAAAACUCAUGAACACAAGAACAAAAUGUGCGUCGGAAAGGUCACAAUUCUUUACGAGAACCAUAAGAUUCAUAUUCUCAAAGACGAACAACGCAACAGACUGAAGAUGAUUUAUGAUGGAGAGAGAAUCACAGAUUUUGAGGACGUUGCUGAAGUUGUUAAAGUAGGAGAAACCCAAAAAAGAGAUUUGAAGGUGUUACUGAAUAGAAUACAAGUAGUAGUACAAGUAACGUACCCCAACUUAGCAGUUAGCGUAAAGGUACCAUCUUAUACCUUUGGUGGAAAAAUGGAAGGUAUAUGUGGUGAUUGUAAUGGAAAGGAAGACGAUGAUUUCAGGAAACCUGAUGGCAAUAAACCAAAAGAUGUUACCGACUUUGGACUCAGCUGGUUGUACGAAAAUCUACCAGGAGGUCAAAGCAAAGAACAAUGUGAAGAACCAGAGGAAGAAAAAUGCCACAUUAAACCUGGUGAACCCGAUCCAUGUGUUCAAUUAUUGGACGAAAAUAAAUUUGGACAGUGUUCCAACCUUGUUGACCCAACAAUGUAUUUGGAAUGGUGCCGCAAAGAUACUUGCAAUGGUGACUUAACAGAGUCUUGUGAAGUUUUGGAAGCUUAUGCUAAAGAGUGUUCCAUGUACGGUUUCUGCGUCAACUGGAGAAACAACCUAUGUCCCGUACCAACGUGUCCACCAGGACAAUUCUACUCACCCUGUGGACCGGCCCAUCCAGAUACCUGUGACAACUUGGGAUCAACUAAAAACCCAACUAAAAAUCCAACCAAAGGACAACAUAGGGUUAGGCCAACUGAAGGUUGCUUCUGUCCAGAAGGAAAGGUAUUGCUGAACGAAACUUGUAUCGAACCAAGGGAAUGCAUAACUUGUGAUAACGAAGGUCACCACCCAGGAGACGUUUGGAAGAGAGACAAAUGUACUACCUGCAAAUGUGAUAAGAAAACGCUGGUAUGCGAUACACAACAAUGCGUAGAUCCUUCGACCAUUUGCGAGAGAGGAUACAAUGCAAUACUAGUUCCAACAGGAGAAGACGAAUGUUGCGAUAAAUAUACCUGCAUUCCUGAACCAACCAAUUCACCAAUUUGUGAUCCUCCACAAAACUUACAAUGCGCUCAAGAUCAAGUUUUAAAACUAGAGACAAAAUCAAAUGGUUGCCAGAUCUAUAUUUGUGAAUGCAAACCAAAAGAGGAGUGCGAAGAAAUUGAUUUGUCUUCUAUUAACGCUAAACCAGGAUACGUCAAGGAAAUAGACAACCAGAGCAGCUGCUGUCCAGUGGUCAACUUGGUUUGUAAAAAGGAAACAUGUCCGCCACGCAUAGAAUGUCCACAGUUUUACUCUUUGAAAGAAGACAAGUCAGACGAUAAUUGUUGUCCUGUAUACUCCUGCGAGGCUCCAGAAAAAUGUAUCGUCACAACGGAAUAUGGACCAGCUCCUGCCGGUGGCGAAAGACCUUUAACCGAUUUGGAGAAACAGAAAUUACUUAAGGAUCUCGGCGAAACAUGGAAAGAUGGACCUUGCAACGAUUGUAAAUGUAUUGUAUCUGAAAAUGGUAACUACGUUCCAACCUGUUCAAAGGCAACAUGCCCGGACCCAAGAACGGACUCAGACUGGGAAGAAUAUGAAUUGGUUUCAGAAAAAGUCUACAACGAAUGUUGUCCCAAAUAUAAGCGCCAUGCUUGCAAAUACAAUGGCAAAGUAUACAAGGUGGGAGAAACCUGGUUGAAAGAAUCAGAUUACUGCACUUCAUUCAAGUGCAUCAUAUCUCCUAAUGGUUAUGUCCAGAAAGAAACUCAAGUGAAACAAUGUGAGCCAAAGUGUGAUGUAGGAUUCGCUUAUGUUGAACCCUCAGCAGAAUCUCAGGAAUGUUGUGGAUCCUGUAAGCAAGUCUCUUGCAUCGUUGAAGGUGAAACUUAUCCUAUUGGAAAGACAUGGACUUCGCCAGAUUUUUGUACAGAAUACGUAUGCACAGAUGCUGAAGGAUCGGUACAAGUUAAAUCCGUAACUCAACAUUGUCCAAAGAUCCCUGAUGAAAAUAUUAAGAAUUUCGUUGUUGAAACCGUACCACAACCAGGAAAAUGUUGUCCAAAACACGUAUUGACAGCUUGCAAAGUUGAAGGUCAUGUUGUUAAGGUGGGAGAGACAUGGGUAUCAGAAGAUGAUAUUUGCAAGUCAUAUAAAUGUGUUCAAAAAGGAGACAACCAAUUGAGCAUUCAAGAAACAGUCCAAUCGUGCAAGAGCGACUGUGGAAAGGGUUGGAAAUACGAAAAAUCCAAUACGCAAUGUUGCGGUAAAUGCGUCCAAGUAUCUUGUGUUUUGGAAGAAGAAGUAUGGAAAGAAGGAGAAAGUUGGAAGUCGGAUGAUGGUUGUACGACAUUCAGUUGUGAAAAAUUAGGAGACCAAUAUUCGAUUGUUACCCAACAAGAAACCUGUCCUCCUGUCGAAGACUGUCCUGUGGAAAACAUGUUCGUCAAAGGCUGCUGUAAAUUCUGUAAUGCUACACCGGAGGCUCUAACCCAAUGUAUGCCCUUGCCGAUGGCAUUGGAAGACACAAUUGGAAUUUUGAAAGUCGACGAUUGUAGAAACAUAUAUCCAAUUACGAACUUCACUGAAUGUGUUGGUAGCUGCGAAUCCUCAACUUCUUUCAACGUUGGUGUUGGAAUGCACCAAUCAGAAUGUGCUUGUUGUCAGGCUCUAGCCUACAACACGCUUUAUGUAGAAUUGGAAUGCGAUGGAGGUAGAAAAUUGAAGAAGAAAAUUGGAGUACCAUCUAAAUGUGGUUGUAACGUAAGUGAAUGUAGUGGAAUUAGCAAGCAGCCCGCACAAAAGAUCCGUAAGGGAAGAUACAUUCCAGUUGGUUGAACUGAGUACCUAAUUAGGAGUUAAUAUAGGUUAAGUAGUUUUUAAAUUAUGAUCGAAGAAAUUUAUUGAAGUUAAUUAAUAAAGUGGUUGAUGUUUUAU